CUUAUCUGGCCGGUCGGCCGCGGCCAGGCAGGCGGCGGACGGGCAGGGGGGCCGCGCGAUGUCGCACGGAGCCGGGCUCGUCCGCACCACGUGCAGCAGCAGCGGCGGACCGGGGGCCGGCGCGGGGCAGCCGGGCGCGAGGCCCUCGGAGGGGCUGCUGGACCCCGUCUACCCCCGCACGUACUCGGCCCUGCUGAAAGUGGCGCAGAUGGUCACGCUGCUGAUCGCCUUCAUCUGCGUCAGGAGUUCUGUGUGGAUCAGCUACAGUGCCUACAGCUACUUUGAAGUGGUCACCAUUUGCAACUUGAUAAUGAUCCUCGCCUUUUAUCUGGUGCACCUCUUCCGCCUCUACCGCUUGCUCACCUGCAUCAGCUGGCCACUGUCGGAACUUCUGCACUAUUUAAUCGCUACCCUGCUCCUCCUAAUCGCCUCCAUUGUGGCAGCCUCCAAGAGUUACAGCCAGAGCGGACUGGUAGCUGGAGCGGUCAGGAACUGGCUUCAGGCUUCCAAGUGCCAGACAGACACCAGAGUGUGUGCUUGCUUCUCUCUGGACCAUCGGAUGAGCCCCACCCGAGGCCCUUUUCCUCCCUGGCCGCCCUGUUCCUCAUCUUUAAAUGAAGCUGGACGGGGCUGGGUCAGCUUUCCUAGGUCUUCGGUUUCGUGGCCACCUUCCUCUGCCUGGCGAGCAUCUGGAUGUCCUACAAGAUCUCGUGUGUGACCCAGUCAGCAGAUGCAGCUGUGUGAUGCCAACCCAGGCCCGGCCCCGCGGGGGGCCCUGCGGACAGGAGGGUCGGUGGGCCAGCCCCCACGAAGGGCUUCUGACCCUGUGCUCUUCUGCCAGAGUCCCGUCCACGCGGGUGGGCGCAGGAGGGGGGCUUCGGCGUCCUCCAGGGCUCCUGAGCUGCGCGGAGCCUCUCUUUCCAGUCCCCCUUGGAGAAGAGUCCUCCCCGCCUGGGAAAGAAAACCAGCCUCCAGGGAAAUCUGGUCUCUCCCUCCUGCUUUGAGAACCACCUGCCUCAGGGACUGAUGACCCCACUUAACCCACGAGGGAGGGGUUUCUGAAAACUCCUGCCUAACUCUGCUUCUACUUCACAUUCCUCAGGGGAGUGAAGCUGCCUUAAGUCCUCUUAUAGAAACCAAGCCAUCUCCUAAUUUAUCUAGCUUGGAAAGCCUCUCUGGAGAGACCCUCUUCCUUUAAGUGAGGCAUGUCUGCAGAAGCACUCUGUGGUCAGCCUGUCCCCAGAUAGGAGAUCCUGGCUCCUUUCGGGCCUCAGCCUUAAUUCCCAUUGUGUGUGUGUGUGUGUGUGUGUGUGUGUGUGUGUCUGUGUCCAUGUGUGUGUUGUAUGUGUGUGUCGAUGUGUGGGCGUGUGUGUGUUGUAAUAAAAUAUUGACUUGGCCAAUUGCA